AUGCAAGACUUGGAAGCCGUAAUAAGUUUCUUUGGUGUUGUUGAUGAAGGAUUCGAUACCCCGAAGACUAAUUAUAUAAUGCUAUCUGCAGGAAUGAUUUCAAAGGCUCCCCGACACCAAAUUAAGGGCAUUACGGGUGUAUGCGAUUUGGCAAAAGGAUGCGAUUUGAUGAGCAAACAAAUGGACAAGACUAAAAUGAUCGAGAGCAAGCUUGAAUAA